GGAGUGCAAUGGCAGGAUCUUGGCUCACUGCAACCUCCACCUCCCAGGUUAGUAGAGACAGGGUUUCACCAUGUUGGCCAGGCUAGUCUCAAACUCUUGGCUUUAAGUGAUCUGCCUGCCUUGAUGUCAUUUGGCAUUAAAAAUGUCAGUCAACAUAAAAGGAUGCACAUAAUGAAAACUUAA